AAUAUACAUGUGGCUCUCAGAAAAUUAUUAAAUUAUUACAAAUAUACAUAAUGAUAAUAUAGCGAUAACAAAUAUACAUAAUGUUUUACAAUGGUGUUAGAAAAACAAUUUUCAGUGUGAACAGUUUUUAAAUGUUUGCCUAUAAAGCCUUUAGUACAGCACUGAAGGGAUUUGCUUUCCCUAGGGUCUAUAUUCUCAAGCCCAAUUGAAAUCUGUUUUGUGUCUUGUUUGCUUUGUGUAAAUACAAUUUGAAAUAUAUGUAUAUUUAAAACAGUCAAAUACGAAAAAAGAAAAAUUGGGUAAACCUUCUGUCAGCGGAUUUCAGGUAUUCUAGGCUUUGCGGCAUGCGGUUUUCUUUUGAGUGUUCUUUUUGGGUAAAGGCACAUCACGUAAUUGCCGUGAACGCGGGCCCUUGUUGACUUGAUCAACCUUAAGUCAACUGAGUUGGACUCAAUUAGCCAGACAGUCUGCCGCUCUUUUGCCAAUAAUAUAGUCUGUGCCUAACCUGUCUAGAACUAGGCGUAUACCUUUCGCAUGAGAUCAUUUUGUUUCUUUAUUUCUCAGUUAUAGUUUUACAUAAACAUGCCUAUAUAUAAUUUUAACAGCUCAAAAAGCUAUAUCUUAAUCCGUCUGUUUCUCUUUUUAUCAAGACUUAAAGCAAAAUAUCCGGAUAAAUCCAUUAUACAAGGUUUGGAGAAACGAUAACUAUUCAUAUGACAAAAUUUAUUGUCAUGACAACGUAAUUUUUGCAUCUUAGGACCAAUCGUAUCACAGCUUGAAAAGCGCCGCACUGCUAGCGUUUAUUUAGCGGGAAAAUGUGUUCGCUGGCUUUUAGUGACUUAACGCGGCACAGUGCAUGCCUCGAAAACACGGUUAAACACGUAUUUAUGACGAUAUCAAAGGCGUCAGUGGUGGUAAUGAUGAUAGCGGUGGUUGUGGUGUUGCCGUUGAUGAUUAUAAUGUGACGAUGAUGAUGACAAUAAUGACAACGAAAAGAGCAGGAUGAUUAUAAGACAUUAAAGAUUCAUGAGCGGCAGAGAACGCGAGUUUUACAAGUGGGCUGUCUUGCUUGUGCCUCCCAUUCACUCACGCUUGUCGCGGGCUAGUUUCUAAGAGACAAAUUCCUUGAAAACUCUGACAACUUAACGUUCAAGAGCCGAUAUCUUUUGAAUCACUUUUAUUACAGACACCCCACCGCAAAACAAAAAACUGCAAAUUUCGGCAGCUCAUAAUUAAGGGCUUAAAACAGGGGGGAAGUUCUACUGUCAGAUAAAUAUUGGAUACUUUAAGUGGCGGAUUUAUCUGGUUUACAUUAUUCUGAGCAUUUAUUUAUCAAGGAGAAAUAGACUGAUUUGUGUAAUUGCUACGUGUUAUUACCACAAGAAGCGUUUUGUGAAGAGGCCAACAGUGAAAACACAAUCGAGUCGAACAAACCUCUACAUCUAUUGGAAACGACAUUCAAGGGUGAAACGAGAACCUAGUGGCUGUAUAUUGGACCUCAGUGCGGUCUUCUGUAAUCAUGGGAUUCAAUUGUACUUUAAUGAGAAACAGUAUCUUCAUUGGACAGGAUGAAUUCGGCGGUUUUCAUGCCGCGACCGAUGUCAUCUUCAUCGUGGCUGCUUUUUUGAUCCUGGUUGUCAAUGUCUUUAUUGGAAUACUAAUCUCUACAAGACGGGACUUGCGAACGUCAAGCAACAUCAUUCUAGUAAGUCUAGCCAUGUCCGACGGACUCACUGGUUUAGUUGCUGUGCCUCUCCUAUUGACAUGUUCCAUAACGGGGCUAAACGAAGUCUGUAUCACGAGCGCUGUAUCCCUGAAGUUUGUAUCCAUUGUCUCGGCCCUGCACAUUUUGCUGAUGACUGUAGACCGUUACUUAUUCAUAGUCUACGCGCACAAGUACUACGAGAUGGUGCGAAAAGGUCGAGUAUGCUGCGUGCUGUUGUUGGUGUGGUUGAUGGGUAUCGGGGUGUCCUUGACGCGUCUCCAAUGGGUCAUCGGUAUGAACGUCUGGGAGAACAAGGACGCCAACUGCGACCACCAGAAAAUCCUAGAAGAAGAUCGAAAAGAGAAAAUAUUUAACUGGUUUUGCCUGAUCACGUUCUUUUUCGUGCCUCUUCUUUUCACUAUCAUCCUAGACGCUAAACUACUCUCGGUUCUGAGAACACAAAUUCGUAAAAUCGUCCAGGACAAUUUACUCCACAUACGCAAAAAGCAAAUCAUUCGGACGAAGAAUCGUGAACGUCGUGCUGUGUGCGUGUACUUGGUCGUUGUGACUACGUUCAUUCUCUGCUGGCUGCCUUAUUUCUUAUACGACUUAUGGCAACAAUGGAUUGUUCUUCCUGUGGUCCUAGAGUACCUGAUUAUUAACAUAAGGUUCCUGACGUCUCUGAGUAACCCAGUGAUGUACAUCAUGAGCCAGAGAAGCCUCAGACGAGCGGUAGUAACGACUAUAUACAAACUAUUGCGUGCUAAGAACUAUAAGCGAAGUCACGAAGAUCAGGUUAUUGGCCUCACAACUUUGAUCAACAGAACAGACACAACUCAAGUGUAGCUAAGUAAGGACGAGGAGAAUUGGAGACAUUACGCCGAGUGUUGUUGUUUUUAUCGUAGAAAGAAAGCUUAUAUUUUUGGUAGAGUUAAGGGCAUUGUGGCAAAAUUUGUUUCCUCUACAAAAAGAGCUAAUCUUGAGAAGAGUAAAAGACCAAAGUGUUUUUCUUUAUCGUGUAAAGAAAGCUUAUCUUGUUUUUAGAACUGAGGACCAUUGCGUUAAGAGUUGGUUAAAUUAAUCUUUGCGGUUUCGGGUUUGCGUUAGGCAGGUAAACUUCCGCGACAUGGCGGUGUCUAUAGCAUUCGCCUGAUAAGAGAAAAGGUAACCGACAAUCACCGUAAAAAUGGGGAUAAUCAUUAUGGCCCAGAAAUGAUGGAGCCGCACUUUUUAGGUAUGGCUAAAAAAGAGGCAAUCGCAUCAUUGAAGAAACUUGAUCUUUGGAAAAUUCUAAAAAAUAGAUGAAACGAUGAUGACGCAGCAUAAAAUGUGGUAUUCUGAAAGCUUCUUUUUUCAUUUGAAGCUUUCUAUAAAAACAAUUUCUUCAAAAGAUAAGAAAUCCUAUUUUGUCAAAUGGUUAGUGUGAGUCAUUGUGAUAAAGAUUUAAAGAACUUCAAAAUGACUUAUUUAUUUGAACGUAAUUUAAAAUGUUAGAUGAAUCAUAAUUAGGAAAUCGUCGCAAGAUAGUACAUAGUAAAGUGGUCUAAAUUGAGUAUGCACAAUCUAAUAUGAAUUAUUAACGCUUGAAAAUGACAUAAUUAGGUAGGAGCAAGGAGGUCUAUUGCAGGGCAAUCAAUCAAUUAUAAGAUUUAUUAUUGUAUGAUAGGGGAAUUAUCUGUUAAGCCAUGUCCAAGACAACAUAAUUGAAAACUGUUUUUGUGAAACAGCAAAUAAGUGUCUGUUACGACUUGGUGGAAUGUAGUCAUAACAUAUUGAUAAGUGUGUCGCGUAUUUAUGCAAAAGGCGAUUAGAAUUCGUCGAGAUGAGAACAAAGUGGAGAAGAGAGAUUUCUUUAGAAGAAGCACAUGUUUUUAUUGAUGGUGUUUUUCUCUCUCAUAAAUUUUUGUUGUGUCA